GAAUAUGAAUUUCUUCAUCCUUAUAAGCGAAAUCUGUACAUCAUUGAAAUGACUAGUUGUAGAGAAAUCAGAGUUCUAAAGUUUCACCGAUAUUUUUGUCCUCUUAAAAAAAGUAACUUCAUACUCGAUGAAGAAUGUGAUCCUUUGAUCUCUCAAUAUUAACAUUUUAAGAUCAUAAACAAUCGUAAUUUAUCGAAUUGCACUUUAAUCGUUUGAGAAGAGAUAUUUAUAAUCUUGAAGUAACCUUGAAGUUACUAGAAACAACAAGAAGUUGAAAAAUUAAGGGAAUCGAAAGGAGAGAUAAAUAAAAAAUUAGCAAAUAUUGCUUACUACAAUAGUAAUAUUACUUUUACACGCGUGUCGUUUCAUUCAUAAUUUUCUACAUGGAAAUUAACCAUCGAAAGUAUACAUACCUACCGCUCGACUAGAGAACAAAGUAAUAAAUUAAACGUUUCGUGCGUAUAACAACGUUAAAUACAAAUUUAUUACCGAUUCUUCAGAUUUAUAUUUCUACAAGAAUGUAAUUGGAAAGCAUCGAGUUAAUUGAAUUAAUGCGAUACCGGCAACAUUUAUUUGCACACGUGCCUCUCCAACCGUGCUUCAGCAAUGACGUUGACGCCUUCUGAGCGAUUACGAAACGCAAAGGUUUGCACAUAACUCCUGUCACAGCGGGGAACAAAAUUGACUGUGUAAUUUCCAUUGGAAUUAAAAUUCUUUUCCCAGGACAUGCACGCAAUUUUGUAAGUUAUUAAACUGUUCUUCAACUCGAUCUCGAUAUUCAAAUGAUCCAAGCGGAUAACUUUUCAAUCGAAACGAAAAUCUUAAUGAAUGGAAACAACGAAAAUAGAUCAGAAAUAUAUUGCUGCUUAAGCGAACUUAUAAACUCUAGAUUCGAAUAGAUAUAUUUGAUUAUUGUUACGAUUUGAAAUUCCGGGUAUUUCAUCUCUCAAAGUGAAACUCUAUCUCUUAUCAAACAGACGGAUAAGGUUUCAGAUCGAUUUAUCGUAUAAUAAUUUUUAAGAAUUUAAUUCGAUUUAAUAAAAAAAAUUCUUCUUCCAGCUUUAAACUUGCGCGUACAACCUUUGUACUUAUUUUCCAAAAAUGUCUGACGAACGUAUCCAAACGAUGAACAACGUUCUAGAAUUUCUUCGUACCACGAAGAAGAAAUAUUCCAAGGAACGGAAGGAAUAGGAAAAAUAUACGUAGCAUAAAUAUUUCCAGGUAUUUCAACCAGAUUUUCUUCUGUAUCGAUCGAAACAAAACAGCCUCGAUCUUCCGUCCGGUCUCACAGUUCUCGCGUGACUUUUCGCGGUACACAACCGAAUACCAGGAAGGAAAACAAUAAUUAAUGAUGUCACCGGUCGUCAAAAGCCCCGUGCUGUAUCGUGGGCGCAGUUAUCGCGGCCGUUUAUCGUUCGUGCCACCACGCAGACCGUUAUCAAAGCGUUCGAAGCGUGCGAAUGUUUGCGACCCGUGUCCGAUCUUUGAUGGCCACGAUGCCGUCAAUGGAGGCCGCGGUAGUGAGAGAACGUGAUCAUGUCAGUCACACUCAUAAAUGGACGUUACGCGUUCGUAUUCUAUUGAUAAGCGCACGUUCGCCGAUUAAACAGCGUAUACAAAAGAGAGCUUGGCUUACAAUUUCGAUUUGGCUUACAUAUAUCAACUUCUUCGACAAUCAAAUGUGGAUGUUUAUCAAAUCUUGAAGAGAUAUAGCUCGUGCAAUGAUGUCAUACGAAUUUCCUCAUCCAGUUUCAAAGACAUAUCGAUAUAAAAAGAUAACGAAGCCAUUGUUGGAAAGAAAACGGCGUGCGCGCAUAAAUAAAUGUCUGGAUGAGUUGAAAAAUCUUAUGAUAGAUGCAUUAGAGACGGAAGGGGAGGACAUAAGCAAGCUGGAGAAAGCGGACAUUCUGGAGUUGACCGUGCGCCAUUUACAAAGACUGCAGGGCUCACGAUCCUCCACCGGACACUUGCCGGACACUGCGACGAAGAGCGGCGAGGUCUCGGGCGAAAAUCGGUGGUUAUCCGGUUUCGGCCACUGCGCAGCUGAGGCGUACAGAUUUCUCUCGGCUGUUCCAGGUGAAGGCGCGGAAAGAUUAGCAAGGCACCUCGCAGCUGGCCUUCAAAAGAGCCGGCAAACGAAUUCGACGCUGAAAACGAAUGUGCUCACCCAAACUUUGGCAAGCUUGGAUCUUACUGCUGAUUUACUGGCCUCGUCGAUUCCUAUCGAUAAAUCAGCGUCUCCCAAUCAAAAUGCAAUCACUUAUCGUGGAAGGAUUCCUGACGCAGUCACGUUUAACAUUCCAUCCGGAUGUAACAGUGGGACGAACGUGGAAAAUGGAGAAAAGUUAGAAAGGGGUUGCGUUUCCGAAAUGUCGAGAGACUCGAAGGAGGGGCAAACAGAGGAGAAAGUUAAAAUUGAGAUCAAAGUUGAGGACGAAGAGGAAAUCGAUGUGGAACGCGUUGAUGAUGUUGAUCCUAUGUGGCGGCCUUGGUAAUUUUUUAAAAUUCUUCUCUCGAACUCUUUUAUCGCUUCUCCAUUUUUGUUUCAAGGAUCACUAAAAAGUUCAUUGUUGAAUCUGUUCAAAAAGAAUUUUAUUCUUGCUUUUUUAAACAUUUGACUGUAUAUUAAAAUAGAGAUUCUAUGAAGCAGAGAUGUUUAUGGAUGUAACAAACAACUUUAGUUCGCUCACGAAAGUUGUAGAAAAUAUUUUUAAAGAUUGAACGAUCGAAAUGUAUUAUUAUUGUAUAAACAAAAGAGAAAGAAAUAUGUGGAUGUAAGUCUGAAAAUGAGAAUUCAAUAUUCCUCGAUUAUUCCUUUAUUAUUCCUUUAUAUUUAUAAAGUAUAAUUUUUAAGUAAUAUUAUGUGUAUAAAUAAAUAAUA